AUGUCAUUCGGAAAGGUUCCAGAGGGCAUUACCACGCGAGCCGAGUAUGACACGUGCUUGGGAAAGCUGAGAUUUCAGGAUGGUCUUCCUGAUGAGGCUACUGUGCAGAAAGUCUACGAUGACUUGGAUCGCUCAAGGGCCAAACAUGCAUUUCUAGACAUGAUACCCAUGGCCUCAAUGGAGGCCAUGAGAGCGGGUUUUGCAGCGAUUGGCUGUGAUGCCUGUCACAAGGCCUGUUUGUAUGGAAACUUAAUGGAUAGCCGCUCCUUAUGGCUCACCGGCAAUACGGAAGCGGUCUACGUGGGUGCCAUGUUAGAUUUACAGAGAGAUGGGCCAACGGUCAUAGAGGUGCCGGCGGGCGCUGGGCCUGGUCUAGUGAAUGAUGCCUAUUUUCGAUAUGUGGGAGAUAUGGGCAAGCCGGGCCCAGACAAGGGAGCUGGAGGAAAGUAUUUGGUACUUCCACCUGGCUACGAUGCAGAGGUGCCGGGUGGAUUCUAUGUAUUCCGGACUCCCAGCUACACCAAUUGGGUCAUCCUGAGAGGCUUUUUGCAAGAUGGGAGUCCCGAGCCUGCAGCGAAGAUGUGGACCUCAGGCCUCAAAAUCUAUCCUUUGUCUAGCAGUUCAAGCCCACCCAGCAUGGAAUUCUUGGACAUGAACACGAUUCAUUCCAACGACUUUGGCUUCUUCAAGGAGGUGAAUGCGGUGAUUCAGCGCGAGCCCGCCGAAUUCUUGGAUCCCGAGUUGAAAGGAUGCCCCUUCCAGCCCGAUGAGCGAAUGAAGGCCCUUUUGGAAGAAGGAGUGGCGCUGGGGAACGCCACGGCCCGAGCACUUUGCUUUGCACCGCGUGACAAAAGUGCCAAGUUCUAUGGAGAAGGGAGCGAAUGGCAGACUCCUUGGGUGGGAGGUGACUACCAAUGGCUGGUCGACCAGGGUGUUGGUGGCCGGAACCAGGACGCACGGACCCGAUUCUUCUACUUGGCCACUGGAAAUACGCCGGCCAUGGUCCUCAAGAUGGUGGGAGUGGGGUCCCAAUAUGUCCUGGCCUUUCGCGAUGAGAAGCACGAGUACAUGGAUGGUGGCAAAUGCUAUUCCUUGACCUUGCCUCCCAAUGUGCCAUGCAAAGACUUUUGGUCCCUCGUGCUUUACGAUGCACAGCAUCGCUCGAUGUUGCAAACGCCACAACUCGUCCCUGGGCGCAAUUCCGUUCGACAUCCAGAUAUGAAGACCAACACUGAUGGCUCAAUGACUGUGUGGUUCGCACCUGAAGCACCCGUGGGGAAGGAAAGCAAUUGGCUGCAAACGACCCCAGGGAAGACCUGGUUCGUGUGCCUGAGACUCUAUGGCCCUCUGGAGCCGUGGUUCAACCAGACCUGGCGGCCCUCCGAAAUUCGGCAAGAGACCGAUCGGAAGCGCAAGGUGUUCUUUUCGACGCACAACCUCAACUCUCUGAUGGAUCAGAUGGCGCUUGGAUGCUGCUCGAGGACCGCCUCGGGGAUGGCAGAUUUCAGGCAAGCAGUACACCACGAGCCAGCUGAAACACCUGCUGAACGCUGGCUGCAAGGUCGCGAGAUGGGUCGCCAGAGUCCCACGAUGUUGGCCACUUGUCAGGCCGCCCUCGCGAUUGAAUCAAGCAGUUUCUUUGAGAGGAUCUCAAUCCUCAUCACGAGCCUGGUCUUUGGACUUCUUCUGAUUCCUGUCCAUAUCAUUUUCUACAUUGUGCGCCUGGUCUUAUUCUUUGCAAACCGGCCCUGGAUGCAAGCGGUGGAGAUUGUCCACGGGCAAAUCAAGUUCUACAAUCUCUUAUUUGAUGCAUGUUGGUACUUGCCCUUGAUCAUCCUGUUCUUGGCCCGCAAUUUCAUGCUCUUCAGCCCUGCGCCCUUCUUUUCACAUCUGGAACAGUUCCCACGGCUCCAUGCGGGCCUGAAGCGCUUGCCGGUGCAAUCCGAUCGGUAUUGGAUCUGGUUCAAGUCUUCUUUGAAGUCCAUUGGCAAGCUGGUGGUCCUCUCAGUGGUGAUCUUCCUGCUGAAGAUGGGUUUCCGUCGUUUGCAGCACGUGCUGAGCGUUUGCACGGUGCUUUAUACCCAGUAUUCCAAGUACUACAAGACUCUUGGCCAAGACGAGCCCCGGACGUCCGAUGGCCUGGCCGUGUAUGGCAAGAAGCAGGAAGAUGGAGGCGAAGACGUGCCAGCUGAGGGGCAUGGAAAGGGCUCCGCAGCUUCACUUCUUACCUGGCUUUCAAAGAAGAAGAACCUCUUGAUGUUGCUGGCCAACCUCGGGGUGGCUUACCUCAUGUUCGACAACGUGGGCGUGGCCACGUUGUUUCUGCGUUUCUAUGAGUGGUACAUUGCUUCCACCGCUUUGAGCACUGAACUGCUGGGCGAAUACACGUACAGGCUGAGCUAUCGGCAAGAGAGGAUUUUCGUCUACCAACACGGCUGGUAUCUCUGCGGCUUUGGCACCGUGGUCUUGGCGGCCUUCUAUGUGCCUUUCCUGGGGCUGGUGCUCUACCACACCUUCCAGCGCCUUCGUCACCGGUGA